AAGAGGAGCUCAACGCGCCCAUUCGAAUAGAAACGACCAAAACGAAUAGUGCUAAACGACGAAUGCCCGACAUAACCUGAAUUUAUACAGGAUGAGUGUGCCGAUGGCUUCUACGAAAAAUUAUAUGAACGAAUUGUUUGGGACACUGCUGGUACUGUCCGCAUUGUUAUCAACGGCGUCAGCAAUAGACUGUCAUGGGAAAUCUUUCCAUUGCGUGAACUCCACCCACUUCAUGAUAUGCGUGGACCUAGGGGGCGGAGUCUCACAGGCAAUAGACAACUUCUACAUAGCCUGCCCUCCUCCGACGAUUUGUCAGGGAACAAACCACUUUGAAUGCGAGUUUCCAGCACCUACAACACCUAGCACUAUAAGAAGCAACGUCAUUAAUGAAACCACACUUCCAUGGGAGGAGAUAAUAACUUCUUCUUCUUUGGAUAACACAACGAAAGAGUUUUCUGAAAAUUACAUAAAUACAGAGAGGGCUACAACUGUAGAAUACAGUGUUACUACAGAUACAACCGUGGAUGUUACUACAAGAACAGCGUCGAACUUUUAUAUCAAUAAUGGAUUAAAUGUGUCAGAAAUUGCACCAACUGUAGUUGCAGAUAUUACAACAUCUCCUAUAGAAACUAUAUCACAGACUAUAAGCGAAGACCAAAGUAUAACAGAAACUAUAUUAACAACUGAAGGUGUUACAACUAGUGUCAUAGAAACGGUAACAGAUACUACAGCCGAAACUAACAAUCCCACAAAAACUGACCGAGUAAUCGCUGGUGAAGAAAACAACAAAAAGGCUAUAAAUAUGAAUACACAAACCACAACCGAAAAUAUUGUCGUUACAGAAACUGUAACAACAGAAUCAGUUCCAAUAACUACAGAACAAAUAUUACAAACAACGACUGACAACCCUCUCGAGGUAGAUACGUCUUACCUAUACACACAGUUACCACAGGUCCUUCAGAACGAAAAUGUAACAAACAAUACUUUGUUAAAAAACUCUUCCGCAGAGAAAAACAAAUCUACUAACAAUAAAGGAAAAAAUAAUGUACCACAAAUUACUAAAGUGUAUGAUAACGAGCGCGAAAUUACAGCCAAUUUUGGCAAACAUAAAAAUGAUACGGUAGAUGCACAAAAUGCUAAAGAUACAACGAAUCUAGAUAGAGCAUCUACUAUUGAUACAGUAGGGAACGCCCCGAAAUCUGAGCAACAAACAACGAUAUACGAAGAAAUCUUUUCAAAAGACUCUACUCAGAACACUGAGAGAGUAAAUCUCGACAUUGUAAUUACAGAGGCUAUACCAAGUAGUAACGUUGAACUAGUCACUACUCAAGCACCAUUAAUGACACUAAGUUCUGCAGACACACCGACUGUAGACAAAGCAUAUACUACUGAAACAGUUCAGAAAAUUCCCACUUCUGAGCAACCUACAACAAUAUACGAAGAAAACCUUACAAAAGAUUCAACUCAAAACAUUGAAACAGUAAAUCUGGACAUUGUAACAACAGAGGCUGUGAAUAUACUUUUCCCAAAUAGUGACGUUCAACUAGUCACGACUCAAGCACCAUCAUUGACACAAAGUUCUGCAGACACAACGACUGUAGAUGGAGCAUAUACUAUUGAAACUGUCGAAAACACUCCAAGUUCUAAGGAUCCAACUACAAUAUACGAAGAAAACUUUACAAAGGAUACUACUCAAAAUAUUGAAACAGUAAAUCUCGACAUUGUAACUACAGAUCCUAUAAAUAUACCUUUUUCGAAUAGUGAUGGUCAACAAGUCACGACUUACGCACCAUCAUUGACGCAAAGUUCUACAGACACAACGACUUUAGAUGGAGCAUAUACUAUUGAAACAGUCGAAGACGCUCCAAGUUCUAAGGAUCCAACUACAAUAUACGAAGAAAACUUUACAAAGGAUACUACUGUAAAUAUACCUUUUUCAAAUAGUGAUGGUCAACAAAUCACGACUUACGCACCAUCAUUGAUCACGCAAAGUUUUGCAGAGACAACGACCCUAGAGGGAGCAUUUACUAUUGAAAUAGUAGAGAACGCGCCUAGUUCUGAACAACCAACAAUAAUAUACGAAGAAAACUUUACAAGGGAUGCUACUCAAAAUAUAGAAACAGUAAAUCUGGACAUUGUAACUACGGAACCUAUAAAUAUACCUUUUUCGAAUAGUGAUGGUCAACAAGUCACAACUUACGCACCAUCAUUGACGCAAAGUUCUACAGACACAACGACUUUAGAUGGAGCAUAUACCAUUGAAACAGUCGAAAACGCUCCAAGUUCUAAGGAUCCAACAACAAUAUACGAAGAAAACUUUAUAAAGGAUACUACUCAAAAUAAUGAAACGGUAAGUCUCGACAUUGUUACUACAAAUCCUAUAAAUAUACCUUUUCCGAAUAGUGAUGGUCAACAUGUCACGACUUACGCACCAUCAUUGGCGCAAAGUUCUACAGACACAACGACUUUAGAUGGAGCAUUUACUAUUGAAACAGUCGAAAACGCUCCAACUUCUAAGGAUCCAACUACAAUAUACGAAGAAAACUUUACAAAGGAUACUACUCAAAAUAUUGAAACAGUAAAUCUCGACAUUGUCACUACAGAUCCUAUAAAUACACCUUUUUCGAAUAGUGAUGGUCAACAAGUCACAACUUACGCACCAUCAUUGACGCAAAGUUCUACAGACACAACGACUUUAGAUGGAGCAUAUACCAUUGAAACAGUCGAAAACGCUCCAAGUUCUAAGGAUCCAACAACAAUAUACGAAGAAAACUUUACAAAGGAUACUACUCAAAAUAUUGAAACAGUAAAUCUCGACAUUGUUACUACAGAUCCUAUAAAUAUACCUUUUUCGAAUAGUGAUGGUCAACAAGUCACGACUUACGCACCAUCAUUGACGCAAAGUUCUACAGACACAACGACUCUAGACGGAGCAUUUAUUACUGAAACAAUCGAGAAUGCACCCAGUUCUGAGCAAGCAGCAACAGUUAAUGAAGAAAAAAUUAUAAUAGACUCCACUCAAAACAUUGAAACAGCAAAUGUCGACAUUGUAACUACAGAGGCUGCGAAUAUAACUAUUACAAAUGGUGAUGAUCAACUAGUCAUGACUCAAGCACCAUCGUUGAUACAAAAUUCUGCAGAUACAAUUCCUGAUAGAGUAUUUACCAUUGAAACAGCCGAGAAUAAUUUAACUACUGAACAGCCAACUACGAUAAAUGAACAAAGUUUGACAAUCGAUACUACUCAAAAUAUCGUGACAGAGAAUAUAAUUCCUAACAUCAAAGCAAUAAAUGGAGACAUCUUGACUACAGAAACUAAUUAUCAGUCUUCUACAAUGAUAAACGAUCAAUCAGUUAUGGCUGAAGAAUUACAUGUGACAAAGACAACCGUGGAAUUGGUUACCAGUACUGAGCAAACAGCGAUGUUACACGAGGAAAAUUGGACUGCGAUAAUAGCGAAAUUGCCUGAGGACAAACUUAUUCUUAAAGCUGAAUUAGAACUGGUUAAUGUACAAACGACAAACAACAAUUACGCAAAUGCAGAACAUGAUAUUGAUGCCUCUCAGCAAAAAAGCAAAACGGAGAUUUUAGGCCCCAAAAGUGAAUCAAUAAAUUGGGAAAAGGAAAUAUCAAUUUCCGAUCAAACUUAUAACAGCCAAAAAGGUGAAAGUGAAACAACACCAGUGCCUAAUCGUGUGCAAUAUAGUGAAUUGCCAAGCAUCGAAGGAGGUCAAUAUCAGACAUCAAAUAUAAAUAGGAAUCCUUUCGACAAUUAUUUGAUCGACAAAUCAAAUAAAAACUUAGAACCUACAGGAAAGUCUGAUGUCACGAAUUUAAAUAUUGAACGAAACGACGUAAACGUGGUCAGUUCUGAUACAGAGUUUGUAUCUCAGAAACAUAUUAUAUCGGCAAUACCUGCAAGUAAUCCAACUCCCGCUGAAAUUAAUAAUCUUAAACAAAGCUAUAACGCUACUACUGUAACCCAGAGCUCAGAGGGUUUUCUCAUUACAAAUGGACUUCCAGGAAAUAUAAUUAAUGUGAACAGCGAACCGGAAGUCGCAAGUUUGCCUACGCCUAAGCCCAUAACCCUGGUUAAAGAACAUUCUACUCAUUUGAAAACCAACACAUUCACAAGGGGUGGAUCAGCUACCUUGUCUUCGUCAAAGACUGUACCAACAACUGCAAAAGUUGCUGAUACUACAAUACUGGAUGUUACCAUACCUAAGUUAUUUGGCCCUAUAUCAGACUCUACAGUUGACGAAAUAGGCAGCAAAGUUAAGGAGAUUGGGAGCAACGCUAACGUUUCCUGGAAUAAGAAGGAAGUUGACAACUCCAAAAACAAUAAAGAGGCAACUGCUGCUGAUAUUAAAAUACUGGAUAAUAUGCACAAUAUUGAAAGUAUACAUAACUUAUUUGGUCCCGGGUCAGAAUCUACAGUUGACCAAAAUGGCAGCAAUGUCAGGGAGAUUGGAAGCAAAGCUUAUGUUUCUUCUGAUGAUAAAGAAAAAGACUAUCCCAAAAACAGUGAAGGUCCAAUAACUGUUAACGUAUCGAAAACUAAACUACAUAAUGAUAAAAUUGAAUUACAAACCAAUACGCAUGACCUGUCGGAAACGAUUACUAAGCGAAUAACAACUGAAGGGGAUCACAAAGGAAUAGACGAGCCAAGUAAGCCAGUCAUGUUGAAUAUAUUUCCGUUAUCUAUCAAUAAUGUAAAGCUUGGUCCAUCAGUUACCAAUACACCACUUUUGAAGGAAGUAACGUCUAAGACGCAAAACGGAAAUAUUGUCCUUACAACUGAACCAUAUCAAUCAGCAAUGUUCUAUCCUACUCUAGUUAACACUCCAAUACAAGCUAGUGUCAAUAGCGUCCAUAAUGCAAAUACUCCAACAAUCAAGGACAUAACUACAUUCGAUAUCCAAGCAGAAAUGACCGACAAAGUCAUUACUUCAAAAAAUCCUAUAUUCGGUGGUUCGACUACUGUAGACAAUUUGCAGAAUAGAAUUUUGAAUAAAAACAACGAUAUUACGACGGAUUCUACACUUCCAGAUGCUAAUUUGCCAAUUGGGGUCAUCAAUGAUGUUUCUCCACCGCAUCCAUUUCGAGUUGGGCAGGUAUCCAAAGGGCAAACAAAUACACCCGAUAAUAAUGUAGAUAGUAUAUCAGCUAAGGAACCAAAUGUAAAUGAAACCAAUUCCCCUCAGACCUCAAAUGCUAAUGAGAAUGAAGCACAAAAAAACAAUUCACCUAUAAAUCUUUCUUUAUCUAUUACUACACAAAAGCCUUAUGCAAAUACUGUUCAAACACUUUCUCAAUCGGUGACCCCAAAUCCAAUUUCACCAGUCACAAAGCAAGUUGCAAAUGAAGUGGCAAUACCCUUUACUUGCGUUAAUGGCGGAAGGGGCAGAUUUUCGGACAAGGACGAUUGUAGAAAAUUUUACAUUUGUGUUGGUAUCAAUCAACCCGUUGUUGGCAACUGUCCCGAAAAUACCGUGUUUAGUGACAUUAAAAAACUAUGUACUAAAAACUUGUCUCAUUGUAUACGACAUAAUGAGUUCAAAUGCCCAUCAGCGGGCAGAUUCAGCGAUUUUAUGAAAGACAAUGUUUAUUACAUUUGUGUUAAUCAUAAGGAACACUUGUAUAGAUUCAAAUUUCAAUGUCAAAGUGGCUACAUUUUUAACAAGACAACAGUGAAGUGUAUAGAGUCAAAGGAGAUAGAGUCCAAUGAAUCAGUUUCGAUUUCUUCAAGCGAUAACAGUAGUCAAACGGGUAGUACUUCUGAUAGUCGCAGUAUAAACAACAACAGUGUCAGCACUCGUAGAACUAGCAAUAACAGCAGUAGCGAUGAUAGUAGUAAGACCGAUGACGAUUCAAAGACUAAAUAUACCAACGAGGUGGAAGACACGCGCGAAAAAUCAGAAGGAAACGAAGAUGACGAGGAAGAUGAAGUGUUUAAAUGUAAAAAGGAAGGUAAAUUUCCGAUUCGUAAUGACUGCAGGCGAUUCUACUUAUGCAAGAAACGGAAAUCAGAGUACCGGCGGAAGAUAAAGAAAUGCAGGUCGGGUCGCGUGUUCGACAAGGAUAAGAAACGGUGCGUGGACGCAGACAGCUACGAGUGCUAACACCAUAGAGUCCCUAUAUCUUGGAACAAUAAUACUAUUGAUCUGUUAC